AUGUACCAGUAUUAUGCGGUUAUUUAUCAACUACUACUUUAUUUGGGUAUAAUAGCUCUUGUUAUCUACCUAUUUUUGCCACUGCAGGAAAGAAUUGAGCAGUUUUAUCGAAAUAAAGUUGUAUGGAUCACAGGUGCCUCAAGUGGAAUUGGUUUAGAACUUGUUAAACAUUUAGCAGUGCUUUCUCCAACAACAAAAUUAGUGUUAUCAUCACGUCGUGAAGAUGAAUUAGAAAAGAUAGUUGAGGAAUUAAAGUUAGAUAGAGAUCGGUGUUUAAUUCUACCGUUAGAUUUAGAAUAUCAUGGUGACUUAUUCAAAUCAAAGGUUGAUUUAGUUUUGGAUCGUUUUGAUCAUAUUGAUAUAUUGAUCAAUAAUGCUGGUAUAUCUCAACGUUCGCUUAUUAAAGAUACUCAAUAUUCUGUUGAUCAACGUUUAAUGUCAAUUAAUUAUUUGGGUACAGUAACAUUAUCAAAAAGUGUCUUAGAACACUUUAUCGCUCAAAAACACGGUCACUUUGUUGUUGUUUCAUCAGUAUCCGGUUAUGUUGGAACACCAUCACGUUCUACGUAUGCAGCAUCGAAACAUGCAUUACAUGGUUUUUUUGAUGCACUUCGAUUUGAACAUGAGAAGGAUAAUAUUCAUGUGACAGUGAUAUGUCCAGGAUACAUUCGAACAAAAAUAAGUGAAAAUGCAUUUUCAGGUACGUGAGUAUUUCUUGAAAACCUAAUAAACUGAAGUCGGAAUCUC